GUACCGUUGUGAUGUGCCUCUUCAGCAAGCGAUCGAGUCGCUACAUUACGACGCCGCGACCCGCCAUCUCCACUUUUGUGAUCUGCCGAGCCAUGGCCGCUGUAGUGUCUUCUCCAUCCGUAGCAUAAACCACGCCCUCGUCUCGAACCAUGAGCUCCAGCGAGGACGCUCCUCUCCUGACGGGCGGCGUUUUCCUCAAGGAUCGCUGGGAGGUCCUCAGAAAGAUCGGGAGAGGCGGCUUCGGGGAAAUCUACAAGGCAAAAGACCACGACACGGGAGAGCGAUGUGCCAUCAAGGCUGAGUCAGCGGUCAGCUCCAAACAGGUCCUAAAGAUGGAAGUGGUGGUACUCAAACGACUGCAGAGCUGCUCGCCACACAUAUGCAUCCUCCUGGGCUGCGGACGGACAGACAGAAUCAACUACAUGGUCAUGAGUCUUCUCGGACCAAACCUCUCUGAGCUACGAAAACAACAACCGAAUCAGAAAUUCUCUCUCUCUACGACUCUCCGCGUGGGUGUCCAGGUCAUCGCAGCAGUUCGGGCCAUGCACAACUGCGGGUUUCUUCACCGAGACAUCAAACCCUCAAACUUUGCAAUCGGAGCGUCGUCAGUCACAAAACAGACGUGCUACAUGCUGGAUUUCGGUCUCGCCAGGCAGUACGUGACCCCCACGGGGGAAAUUCGCGCCCCCGAGACCGGUGGCCGGGUUCCGUGGGACCGUCAGAUACGCUUCAAUCAACGCCCACCAGUCUAAAGAUCUCGGUCGACACGAUGACCUGUGGUCUGUUUUCUACCUUCUUGUUGAGCUGGUGAACGGAGAGCUGCCCUGGAAGAAACUCAGAGACAAGGACAAAGCUGGGAAGUUCAAGCUCAGUUUUGACCACAAACGACUACUGAAGCACUUACCGGCCGAAUUCUUUGACUUUCUCGACCACCUGAAAUCUCUGGACUAUUUCCAGGAGCCCGAUUACGUAAUGUUGAGCACGCUGCUCCAGAACGCGAUUCGUUAUCUCGGGGUUAAGAGGAGCGACCCGUUGGAUUGGGAACAAGAUGCCAGCGUCCAGUCUCUAACUACAGUCAGCGUCGGGUCAGCCCCUGCUCUGCAUUCUAAUCACAACACCGCUAAAGGCAAGGCAGAGGAAGUCGGAAGAGAAGGCGAUUCGAGAACUCACGUUUCAACUGAAGACUGCAUGAGCCAGAACGACGAGAAGAAAGAGGGGAAAAUUGUGAGGAAAACGUCAGACGAAAAUGCUGGGAACAGAAGCACAAAAAUCGGUGCAUUGGUCCAGUCUAAAAGACACAAGCAACUCAAUCUUCUCCAACAGAGACGCUCCAUGCCCCCCUCCCCUCUUCUACAGGCAACGCACCUCGUCCAGCAAAACGACUCGAGGCUUCCCCACACAAACAGUCUCGAUCGAUUCUUUGAUAUGAGACCAGCGAGGUCCCACUCUCUC